AUUGAAAUAAAAAACGUAGGCGCCAAAAGAACCAAAACUCCCGCCGUUUCUCAAUUAUUUCUUCCCCGCUUCUGUAUUAGGAUAGUCUUCGCAUGAGAAAGCUGAACAGAGAGGAGUGGAGAUGCCCGGCCGCCAACCUCACCCAGCCACCCCCGUCUCCGCCGUCUUCGCCGCCCCCAAGCGCAGCAAGAAGCGGGGGAGCUAUAACUGCGGCCGAUGCGGCGCUCCGAAGAAAGGACACGUUUGUCAUUUCACCCCUGCCCCUACCGUGAACACCAGCACUCCAGCUAUCAGCGACUGUACCUCAUCGGAUUCGCAUUCGCCUCUCGUCGCCGGCGACCCUCUUCCUCGCCAGCCUCCCUCCCGCCUCCCUCGAGCUCUCUCGUUCGACGAAUUUGACCUGGGAGACUUCCCUGGACCCGAAGACGAAGAUGUCCCGGAGUAUCCGGAUCUGGACGGGUCGGGGAGCUUGCCGUUUGAGUGCCUGUGGGAAGUUCUCAAGAGGCUUCCGCCUCCAGCGCUGCUUUUGACGGCCAGUGUGUGUAAGGGAUGGAGGGAUACUGCUAAGCUGCUGUGGAGAGCGGCGGAGGAGCUCCGGCUUCGGGUUCCGUCCAAGGCUGAGGUUGGACACGUCAGGUCGUUGUUGCAGAAGUGUCCGGAUCUGGUCAGACUUUCUCUAACAAUGCAGAGUGAUGUAGAUGCAAUGAUGUUGGCCUGCAUUGCAUUUUCAUGCCCUAAGCUAGAGUCUUUGGAGAUAUUUAUAUCCAAGACCUCAGUAAAUAGGAUAACCGGGGAUGAAUUGAGCCAUUUUCUAAGUGAUAGAAAAUGUCUUUCUAAUCUCAAGAUGGAAGGAUGCUCCAACCUUGGAGGUUUUGUUCUUUGUUCUAGCAAGCUGUCUUCACUUUGGCUUUCCGAACUUCGCUGUCUCUCUAAGAUGGUAUUCAAGUGUCCCAGUUUGAAGGAGAUUUCGUUGGACUUUUCCCAAGAGAAUGACAACACCGAUAUCACAACCAUGGUUGACUGUCUUGGAAGAGGCUGUCCAAGACUGCAAAACAUUCAUAUUUCUUCUGUUCGACUCUCACAUUCUUCUGUGCUUGCUUUGGCUGGAGCAAACUUGAGAUGGUUGCGAAUGCUUUCCCUUGUACUUGGGUCUGAAAUAACUGAUGCAUCUGUUGCAGCUAUUGCUUUUAGCUACCCAAGGCUUGAAUUGCUUGAUCUGAGUGGGUCUAGUAUAACUGAUGCUGGCAUUGGAAUGAUAUGCAAUGUUUUUGCUGAGACAUUGUCUAAUUUUCUCAUUGCCAUUUGUCCUAAUAUCACUUCGAGUGGCAUUCAAUUUGCUGCUGCUGAAUUGCCUCAACUAGAGCUAUUGGACUGUGGAAUGACAAUAUGUGACCAAAAAUUAGAUGAUGAGGAGAACAGUGAUUAUGACAUGCAAAAGCUGCCAACCAGUGAACCACACAUUGUGUAUCAAAAGCUGAUUAUCAAACACAGCCGGUUGAAGAAAUUAAGCUUAUGGGGUUGUUCUGGCUUAGAUGCAUUAUACUUGAACUGCCCAGAACUUGUUGAUUUGAACAUAAAUUGCUGUAGAAAUUUGCAACCAGAGAGAUUGUUGCUUCAGUGCCCUAAUCUGGGCACUGUUCAUGCAUCUGGUUGUCAAGGUAGUUUGGUUGAGUGCAUUCAGACACAGGUAUUGAUUUUCUUAUGAUACAAUUUUAUGCCAGUCAUGAUCAAAACAGCAAUUAUAUUCUUCUUUUUUAUCCAUAUCUGUAUAUCAGCCAGUAGUGGAUUUGUCCAAACAAAAAUUAACUUCCUAGCCAGUUCUCUAGGAAUAAUACAGAUUAGCUCAAAACUGCCUAAUGAAGCAGGUACUUAGCAGCAAUUUUGCAGAUGUAGAAACUCAUCAGUUCCCUCUCAAACGCAUGCCUGAUGGUUCCAAAAGGAUUCAGGCGGUUCCUUAUCUAUUCAAUCCCCAGCCAUUUGAUGAGAAAACAAAGAAGAGAAAGCUUUCAGUACGACGACGCAAUUGUGCCGUGCUUGUGAAUUACGACUAUUGAAUACAGUAUCUAUCUCCUAAAGCAAUUAGUUGCCAAUGCCUGAUGAACUUCUUUCAUAUACAUUCUUGAGUUGAGAUACUUUAUUAUUUAUUUAACAAUAAUAAUUAUAAAUAAACAGUUUCUGAAAUGCAAGCUGUGGAUAUUUGGGUGUUUUUAGUUUUAGUUAGACUUUAUAGAAAGGAGAUUGCAUAAUUGUUACUUGGCUUGGGAUAUUUUCACUUAGAUUGCUUUGAGCUUGAGACUUGAAUGAUCAAAAUCACAUUUAAUCACACUUAAA